AACAGAGCUAUUUAUGGCCACCUAGUUAUCCAGGUGCUUGCAUACAACAAGAGAAACCUUUUUUUUCCUGCAUGUAGCUGUUUCAACAAGCCCAGACUGAAUUACAUCACUUCCUAAUUACUCAGUUGAAUGUAUCUGUAAAGCUCAGAUGAGAAUUUUUUUUUACAGAUAGAUUGAAAGGAAGCAGGAAAUGAUUAUGUUCCUGUAAGUAAGGAGUAAAGCUAAAAAGGUCAUGUCGUUAUAGUUAAGAAAGGGGGAAAAAAGAGCAUCGGCACAGACAAAGACUAUUUCCAGAUACAGCUACAAGCUCUCCAUUCUAGCUCGUGACUUGGUUCCCUUCUUAUGCCCAACUAUUCACAUACUAAACCCAUGUAACAGAAAUGACCUGAGAGACCUGGACAGGAUGUUGAAUAACUGAGAGGAUGUUGAAUAACGGUUCAGAGAAUUCAACCACUGCACAGGGAACAACCUUAAUUUGUGAAGUCCUUUAAGUUUUUAAAGGGAAGGAAGAAAAAUGUCUAUGGAGGUUUCAGAACAUGCAGAAACAUCCCUGCCUGCAACUAGUAGUGAAAUCAGCUCCACUGAACAGCCUGUUACACUGGCUUCCACAGUAUUAUUUGCAGAAGACUCUGUUACUGCUUUUACAGAAAAUGGCAAUGAGAGUGCUGGAGGAACAGACCUGAGCAGAACCCUUCUCUUUGCUUUUCCUAUUUUCAUACUGAUUCUUAUAAUACCACUAAUUAUAUUCAUAGUUAAACACAAACGAGUGAAAAAGACAGCUAUAGGGGAAACAAAAAAUGAAGAAAAAAAAAGCCCUAUAUUUGAAGAGGACACACCCUCUGUCAUGGAGAUUGAAAUGGAGGAGCUUGAUAAGUGGAUGAACAGCAGGAAAAGGAAUGGAAAACGUUUGUCCACAUUGGAUGAGGAAAAUAAGCUUCAUGCGAGUUUAUGUGAGGAUGAAUCCUGAUUAACCCGGUGCAAAAGAACUUUCUAAGAAACUGAUGACAGCCACAAUGCCUUCGCUUUCACUGCUGCGACUGCCUCACUGGACAGAAGCUUUGCCACAAUGAAUUAUAUGGCUAAAGGCUCUUUUGGGUUUCUGAGGACAGACAGAUGGUAGAUCCUUUCUUUAAUGCUGUAUAUAGCAGUCAGUCUAUCAUGUAUGAUCAUAAAACAAUACAGCAAUUGCUGGUGGCAUCGUAGCUUUGGAUACAGUAUACAUGAAAUAUUUGCAUUUAUAAUACAUGUCAAGAGAGCUACAUUGUCUAUGUGUAUGAGAAUAAGGUAAAUGCAAAGUUUCAUAUUAUUCCAGGGCCCAUAUUUUAACUAGUAAGAUAGCGUGUGCUGUAAGCACUGGUUGGUUCUAUAAGUGAUGCACCGAAUCCAGCAUUUUAGGAUUUGCCUGAAUUCCGAAUACUUUGUGAAAAAUUCAACCGAAUGUGAACCCUAAUUUGCAUAUGUAAAUUAGGGAAAUGGGGUGUCAAAACAUUUUUGCCUUCCUUGUUUGUGUGCUGAAAAGUCUUUUCGCAUUCGGUUUGACCAUGGACUUGGAUUCGGCCGAAUCCAAAUCCUGCUGAAAAGGCCGAAUCUUGGCGGAAUCCAGAACCAAAUCCUGGAUUCGGUCCAUUCCUAGUUGCUGUGUACUUUAUGAGAAGGUGAUUGUAUUAACAUUUUAGGCAUCAGCGCUGGAUUUGCUGGGCGGACUCCCCUAGGCCACACUCUCCUAAUGCCCUCCCGCUCUACUCACACAGGCGCAAGAGCACUGGCGUGCAAAGCCCGGAGCACUGGGGAGCAGCGCAUCCACAGUGCUCCCCACAGAGUGGCUGGGCGGCAUGCCGCCCCGAAAAAUGUGCCGCCCUGGGCCUGGGCCUAUGUGUCGUCGCCACAAAUCCGGGCCUGUUAGUUAUCAUUAACAACCACAAGUUCAGUGAGCAAAGUGCAAUUUCAAGUGCAAUGUUUUUUCCCACAAUUCAGCGUUCUAUUGAUUCCUAGAAUUCCAGUGUUGAUGUAGUCUGGGGGAGUCGUGCUUUACAACUGUGGCCAAUGUGUAAAACAAAAGAGGUUGCACUUGCACUUUGACACAAAUUGAGCACAAAUGCUGAAAGUCUGGUUUAUUGGAAUUUUCAGUGUUUUGCAUAAGAGUGACAUGUGUGCCAAAUUCUACAAAUGCACUGCACCUAUUGGCACAGGUAGCUGUGGGAAUCCUAGAGCUACUGCCUGGUUCAGAGGUGGAGGUAGCUACAGGAUUCCCCUGCUUCCAUAGCUGCAGCACAGCUUGAUUCAGAACAGAAGGCUGCAAGUUUUGAUGCAAGUACCUUCAACUGCACUUGUGGUUGUAAAUGACCCACAUUCACACUCUCUGCCUCUUGUAAUCAUCAGACAGUGCUUUCAUAAAAUAGGAAAUUUGCUGGAUAACCCCUUGUGUGGCCCUUUAGAGUACAGCAAUAAUUCUGUACCAAAACCAGAAAACAUGAACAGACCAGCAGAAACAUAUUUAUAUCAGUGUCCUACUGACUCUUCAUCGCACCAUACUGCUAGGCAUAGAUGUGUUUAUUGGUGUACAUUAUCCUUUCUGAAGCUCUGAAUUCACAUUUCAUUAUAUGCAUAUGUUUACAUUUUUUUUGAAUAUAUACUGUAUACUACUAAUGAUUUAUAAAAUAAAGGUGGAAAUGGUACUUUGCAAUA